AUGGAUUCCGACAAUCCUAAGCCUGAAAACGACAGCGAAGAAGGCAAAGCUGAAAUCAACGGCGCAGAAUCAAAAUCCACAGACGAAGAAAAGCCGGCGAAAACAGCCGAUGAAGAGAACAAGGAGGGCGGCGAAGGGGCGGCGGCGGCGGUUGAAUCAGAAGCUAAAGAAGGAGAAGAAGAUCCACCGCCGCCUCCUUCCGCUCUCAACAUCGACAAGCUCUCUCAAGAAGUCGAUGGAUAUCUCGCCACGUUGUCUGCUCCGAAACCAGAAGACGGCGGUGGCGAAUCAUCUCUACCGCAAGAUGUACCCAAUUUUGUGAAGCAGUUUUCGCUCAUGGUGGAGGCCAGAGUCGCCGAUUACGACUCCUCCGACGAGAGCGUCAAAUGGGGCUCUGUGCCGGAGGAGGAGUCGGCGUCGUUCCUCGACGCCAUCACGCGCCUCUCCUCCCUCUCCACGGCCCUCUUGGCGUACUCCGCGCAGCCCAACAUCGCCCGCUCGAUCAACCGCAUCAGCGCCGUGAUCGAGCAGGCGAUGUCCUACGUGGAGGAGGAGUUCAAGGACCUUCUGGAUGAGCACAGGUUCCCUGACUCCAAUCCUCCACAAAAUGGAGGCGAGGGCACGGCAGGGGAAGUCGCUGUCGUGCCCCCGUCAGAGGAGGAGGUGGCGCCUGAGCAGCAGGCGCCACCUCCUUCCAAGGAAGAUAAUAACUUCCCGGGAUACGAAGACGAGGUUCUCUCCAACUUGAUAAGGCUGUCGAAGCUGAUGACGGUGACCGAGUAUGACACGGAGUGCCGCGAGGCCUAUUUCGUCGCGCGGCGGGUCGCCCUCGAUGCGGCCCUCCACAAGCUAGGGUUCGAGAAGCAUAGCAUCGACGACGUGCACAAGAUGCAAUGGGAGACUCUAGAGACAGAAAUCAUCUCGUGGAUCAGGAUAUUCAAGCACUGCCCCUCGCUCUUGGCGAGCGAGGGGAGCCUGACAAGGGCAGUCUUCCCAGAACGCCCUGCCAUGUCAGGACACCUCCACCUUGCACUGACACAGUGUGUGAGCGCGGCAGUCCUAAACUUUGCAGGGGCUGUCGCGCUCACAAAGAGCUCCUCAGAGAAGCUCUUCAAGUUCCUCGACAUGUACGAGGCCCUACGGGACGUCAUCCCCGCCCUGGGCGGGGAGGACGUCCCACAGGACUGGCGCAAUGACCUCAACACCGAAAGCAGCAUCAUCAGAUGCCGCCUCGGGGAGGCCAUCACCUCCAUGUUCUCAGAGCUGGAGACCUCCAUCCGGACGGACGCCGGCAAGACGCCCGUCCCAGGCGGUGCCAUCCACCCUCUUACACGAUACACAAUGAAUUACAUCAAACUCGCCUGCGAGUAUAAGGAAACCCUAGAGCACAUUUUCAAGGAGCACCACCACAGGGAGGAGUCUGGCUCUGGCUCUGGCUCAAACUCCUCCCCGUUCGCGGCGCACAUGAUCAAGAUCAUGGAGCUCCUCGACGAAAACAUGGAGGCAAAGUCAAAGCUCUACAAGGACCACGCCCUCGGCGCGAUCUUCUUGAUGAACAACGGGAGAUACGUCUUGCAGAAGGUACGAGGUUCGAACGAGAUAGGUAGCCUAAUCGGAGACGUGUAUAGCCGAAAGAAGUCGUCCGAUCUGAGGCAGUACCACAAGGUGUAUCAGAGGGAGACAUGGGGGAAACUGCUGAGCUACCUCCACCCGGACGGCCUCACGUCCCAUGGGAAGGUGUCGAAGCCGGUGCUCAAGGAGAGAUUCAAAAAUUUUAAUGCUAUGUUUGAUGAGAUAAGCCGGACGCAGACGACCUGGGUCGUCUGCGACGAGCAAUUACAGUCGGAGCUUAGGGUUUCGAUAUCGAACAUGGUGGUGCCGGCGUACCGAUCGUUUCUAGGGAGGUACAACCAGGUGUUUACGGCGGGGAGACAGACAGAAAAGUACGUCAAGUAUCAAGGAGAGGACGUUGAGAAUUCGAUUGAGGAGCUCUUUGAUGGCAAGAAGUGAUUCAAACAAGGAUUUUUUAUGUAUUUAAUUAAAUUUUUUU